CCUACAUCAUGCCGAUAACAGUAAAAGUCAAGGAACAACAGCUGGAUUCAUUCUUGAAACUCACAUGUAUUAUUGGUCUUUCUGAUGAAGAUGAAAUGAAACAUAUAACAAAUAAUUUUAAUGUUAAUGAUUUAGCUAAUGUAUGUUUAAAAUUUGAAUGCGAUGGUAUGGGGUCCUCCCUUGUAUGUAGUAUCAAAUCAUGGAACCGUAAAAUGGGUGAAGACUGGAAAGUCAAAAUGAAAGUAUCUUGUCAAGAAACUGAUAUACCAUUUUAUUCAGAAUGGGUGUGUGAUGGGCAAUGGAAAAAGAUUGGAGAGAGAUUGUGUUCUGAUACAAUAUUAGAUAAUGUCUAUAUAAACGUUAUUAAUAUUAAUAUAACUACUAGUAAGGUGGAAGACUCCUUUCUUAAGAAGAUUUAUGAUGACGUUGAUUUUACUGACUUUAACUUGAGUGCAGCUGAUGGUAGCGUGGCCGUCCACAGAACAUACCUGGCGGCCCAUAGUGAUGUGUUCCGAGCGAUGUUAAAGAAAGAGUGGAAGGAGGCAACAGAGGGCUGUGUUCAGAUAGAGGGAGUCACUCGGCAGACCCUCCAGCACUUGAAGGACUAUAUGUACCUCCGCACUUUGCCUGACGAAGGCCUAGAGCCACUACUAUUACUAGCUUCAUACUACCUAAUGGAUGAUUUGAAAGAACAGUGUGCCUCUAAAUUAGCUCUCAAUUGUACAUCCAAAAACUGGAGUAGACUUCUAGAAUUUGCUGCGGUGAAUAAAAUAUCUGAAUUGAUUAGUGGCUUGAUGCUGAAUCCAUCAACGGCUGUUCAAAAGCAGAAGGAUAAGGAGCUUGUAGAUAAGGAAUUAAAAACAAUAAAUAAAAUAUAAA